AUGGGAAUAAAAACUAAUUUCCCAAACCUAAGUAAUUCAAAUCUUUUAAUAGUGUCAUUUCUAGUCCGUGCUAUCUUUUUUUUAUAUGGGAUUCUUCAAGAUGCUAUGUGUCAAGUAAAAUAUACUGAUGUCGAUUACUUAGUAUUUAAUGAUGCUGCUUCCUACACUUACCAAGGAUUAUCGCCAUAUUUAAGAGAUACUUAUCGUUAUACACCACUUCUGAGUUAUCUAUUAAUUCCAAAUCAUUAUUUUACUUGGUUCCAUUUGGGUAAAAUAAUUUUCAUUAUAUUUGAUCUAUUAACCGGUAUAAUUAUUAACAAAUUCUUACAAAAAUCAAUUAAGAGCAACAAGAAAAAAUGCUUCCUGCUUGGUUCACUUUGGCUUUUAAACCCAAUAGUUAUUACUAUUAGUACCAGAGGUAAUGCCGAAAGCGUUUUAUGUUUCUUAAUCAUGUCCUCGCUAUAUUUCUUACAAGAAGAUAACUUAGUUUUAGCAGGUCUCCUUUAUGGCGCUUCAAUCCAUUUUAAAAUCUACCCUAUUAUUUAUUGCCUUCCAAUAAGUAUCUACUUAUUUAAUAAACCAAAAUGGAUUCUUAAGUUAUUCAUAUUAGGGACAUCUACUCUAAUCUCUCUUAUUGGAUUGACUUACUACAUGUAUACAAUUUAUGGUUAUGAAUAUCUAGAUCAAGCUUGGUUGUAUCACUUGUAUAGAACUGACCACAGACAUAAUUUUUCGUUAUGGAAUGUUUUAUUAUAUUUCAAUUCUUCAUUUCAGUCGAAUCCUAUGCAUUAUGGAUUAGCUUCCUUAUUACCAAAAUUUGCAUUUUUACCACAAAUGAUUAUCGUGCUUGCUUUAAGUUAUUUAGAAUGGUUAACUCCAACUUUUAAUAACCUAUUGAAUACCCUUUUUGUCCAAACAUUUGCAUUUGUGACGUAUAAUAAAGUUUGCACUUCUCAAUAUUUUGUUUGGUAUUUGAUAUUUUUACCUCUAUUUCUACAAGAUACAACCAUUUCAGCUAAAAAUGGCAUAGUCGCACUCGGUAUUUGGAUUUCAACUCAAGCUAUUUGGCUAAGCCAAGGGUAUUAUUUAGAAUUCUUGGGUAGAAAUAUAUUUUAUCCAGAUCUUUUUUAUGCUGCUGCAUUAUUUUUUAUUGGCAAUGUUGCAUUAUUAGGUAUGUUCAUAAAAGAUAUAAAGCUAAGAGGUAUCAAGGAAAGGGCAUUAGUUCAACAGAAAAAGGAAUAA